AUGGAUAAGCUUGCAUUUGGUCUUCUUCUUAGUGUUUGUCUUGCUUUUGUUGUAGGGGUGGUGAAUGGUGAUGCAAAUACAAUAUCAUGUAGCCAAACCCCAUACCCUGAAAUAUGUGAAUAUUUCAUGAGUUCCAAACAUGAUCUUGUCACCUUAGACGAAAAAACCCAAUUCAGUUUCCGUGAUGCUGCCCUUAGUGUCACCAUGGACCAAGCCCAACGAGCCCAUGGGCUCAUUUCGGCCAUGGACUUGAGCUCCUUUGAUGAGAAGGUCAAGAUGGCAUGGGCUGAUUGUGUGGAGCUUUAUGCUGACACAGUUAGCCAGCUUAAUCGCUCUUUGGGUUCAAAGAAUCCCUUGAGCUGGUCCGAUUCUCAAACGUGGCUGAGUGCUGCACUCACCAACGAGCAAACCUGUCGAAAUGGGUUCAUGGACUUAAACUUGUCUCAUCGGCUAUCCUCCCUUCCCUCUAUGUUGAGUAACUUCUCCAAGAUGGUUAGCAACUCGCUUGCCAUAAACAAGGCGGCAGCUUCAUCCUCUGCUUCACUGCUUGGCAGGCAAGGUGGUAACCGCCGGUUGCUUUCUGAUGGCUUCCCAGCAUGGGUCUCGGCUGCUGACAGGAAGCUUCUUCAGUCAUCUGGGGCAGCCUCACAAGCUGAUGUGGUGGUUGCCGCCGAUGGGUCUGGUAAUUACAAGACCAUCUCUGAGGCUGUGGCAGCAGCUUCAGGAGGUGGGUCGAGAUUUAUAAUAUAUGUGAAAAGGGGUGUUUACAAAGAAAACGUUGAGAUCAGGGCCUCAAACAUCAUGUUAAUUGGAGAUGGGAUAGAUGCUACUAUCGUUUCAAGCAGUAGAAACGUUCAACAAGGCUCCACAACAUUUCGAUCGGCAACAGUUGCGGUCAGUGGUGGUGGCUUCAUUGCUCGUGAUAUGACGUUCGAAAACUCAGCCGGACCUCAGAACCACCAAGCAGUUGCCCUCCGCUCAGGCUCUGAUCUUUCAGUGCUCUACGGUUGCAGCUUCAAGGGCUACCAGGACACCUUAUACGUACACUCUCAGCGCCAAUUCUACCGCGACUGCGACAUCUAUGGCACACAAGAUUUCAUUUGUGGAAACGCCGCUGCUGUCUUCCAGAACUGCAACAUCUACGUUAGGAAGCCCCUGAGCGGUCAGAAGAAUACGGUAACGGCUCAGGCAAGGACAGACCCUAACCAGAACACAGGCAUCUCAAUCCACAAUUCCCGUGUCACGGCCGCUUCGGACUUGAGAGCUGUGCAGGGUUCAUUCAAGACAUACCUCGGACGGCCAUGGCAGAAGUACUCGAGGACUGUGUUCAUGAAGACAUCUCUUGACAGCCUCAUCGACCCGGCGGGGUGGCUCGAGUGGAGUGGCAGCUUUGCAUUAAGCACUUUGUACUACGGGGAGUUCAUGAACUCGGGUGCGGGGGCAAGCACCAGUGGGCGAGUCACAUGGCCAGGGUAUCGCGUCAUGAGUUCUGAGGAGGCCGGAGAGUUCACCGUCGGGAGCUUCUUGGGGGGAGGAUCUUGGAUUGCAGCUGCCGGUGUUCCCUUCACUUCUGGGCUGUGACACGUAAAGAGUUGGAUCCUAUCGUGUGCUACGUGUCAAUACAUGAAACUUAGAAUACAAAACGAAACUACGUACUGUACUGAAACGACUGAUGAAUAUCAAUAUAUUUAUUUGAAAG